AUGGAACUCAUUUUCAAUAGGCAGAAUGAUAUUAACGCCUUGAACAAAGAAUUGAAAAAGUCCCUGCUUUCUUUUAAAAAUCGAUUACAAUCUAUUCUUUUUGAUGCGAAUUUUGUGAUGUUGGUUCACAAAAGCUUAGAGUAUCCCUUGGUUGCGAAUGAAAGAUGUGGACUUUGGUACGUUCCGCAAGAGGACCGAGAGGAUACUUGUUAUUUCAAAUCUACAGACGGGCAUACUAAUGUGUGGUCGUUUUCACUUAGAAGAUUGAAUUUACAUUUGUUACCUAUUAUUGAGAGAGCCGGCGGAGUCAUUAUUGUAGAUUCUACACGUCGGGGCAAGCUGAUGCCAGACGCCUUGUCAAAGACAAUCCCAAUUUGGUGUGCCGUAAUAAACUCUGUAUUGUUCAAAGAAGCGGACGAUUUUUGGUUGAGAACUCCCGAUGUUAUUCCUGAGGAGGAACAUAAUGCUAUACUUCACUUGAUUCCCGAAUUUGUUAAGCAGGUUAAAGAGAUGAACUUGUUGGAUGUAGAGGCUUACAAGUUGAAACGGCCUUUAGUUCCCAAAUGGUUUUUUCCAGGUUGUCCAUCACAAGAAUUGGAUGAGUCGGUGUAUUCAGUAUGCUGUGUUUCUUCAUCCAAAAAAGUACUGGUUCACAAGGCGACAAGUGUAAGAGGCAAAGAUGGACUGAUGGUCAAUUUUGAGUACAUUCAAGGAUCCGCAGACGACCAUGAGUUGUGGGUUCCCAAAUCGUUAGGUAGUUUUGGUGCAAAUGAAUUCUGGUCAAUUGCUGAUAAAUUGGUGGAAAGUUCAACAGGUUAUCUACCGGCGUGGGUAACUGACGAAAAACUAGAGGAGGAUAUAAAGUGUUAUAUCAGCAAAGCCUGUGGGUCAAUUGAUAUCCGUCCUGUGGGGAAAACGGGUAUAAAGUUUGGAAAAAUUGGCAGGGAUAUUGAGUUCAAAGAAUUGGAGUCAAAUACUAUUAUCGUUACCUUUCAUGAAUCAUUUAAGGUCAUUAAUGUGGAUGAAACCCUGAAGGGAAAAGUAUUUCAAUUUCCCAUACCAAACAACAAAAAGGGUUCCAACAUGUUACGAACAAUCAUUCCAGAGUUGAUGGCGCGUAUGGAUUUGCUGUUGCCGCUCGUGAUUUUAUGCGGUACAGGCCAAGAUAUCAGCGUCGGUUUGGUGUUGGCUUUAUUAUGUACUGGGUUCGAUUUGGAUUGGAAUAAAGUUGAAAAGAAGCCCGAAAUUUCCAAGGUAUUAGUUAAGCAGCAUUUGAGCAAACUUUCUAGUUUAUACAAAGUAAAUCCUAGUCGAAGUACUUUACAAAGCGUGAAUAACUAUCUAUUUUCAUGA